CUGUGCUUUGAUCAGGUUAUCAGGGGUCAACACGCCGGCUUAGUGAGAGUUCGGCUUGUGACCGCGGGCCGGGCCAACUGAGGAAGGAAAAGACAUGGAUGAAACAAGCGUAUCUCCAUUAAAGCACUUUGUGCAGGCAAAGAAGGCCAUUACAUCUAUUUUUGACCAGCUGGUGGGAUUUAUCAGUGAUGGAGUUAACUUUGUAGAAGAAACCUCCCGGAAUCUAGAGUUAAAAACCAUAACCAGCGAAGAUGACCUCGGGGAGAUUCAGAGUUUCAAGAUAAAACUGGCUGGCAUUGGGGAAGUUUUGUCACGCAGGCACAUGAAGGUGGCGUUCUUUGGCAGGACAAGCAGUGGAAAAAGUACAGUGAUAAACUCCAUGUUGUGGGACAGGGUGUUGCCCAGUGGUAUUGGACACACAACUAACUGCUUCCUGAGUGUGGAGGGAACAGAAGGAGAUAAGGCGUAUUUGAUGACCGAAGGCUCUGAGGAAAAGAAAAGUGUUAAGACUGUGAAUCAGCUGGCUCAUGCCCUUCAUAUGGAUAGGGAUUUGGAAGUGGGCUGUCUUGUACAUGUUUUCUGGCCAAAAGGAAAAUGUGCCCUUCUCAGAGAUGACCUGGUUUUCGUAGACAGUCCAGGAACAGAUGUGACCACUGAACUGGACAGUUGGAUUGAUAAAUUCUGCCUGGAUGCUGAUGUUUUUGUCUUGGUGGCCAACUCCGAAUCCACACUUAUGAACACGGAAAAACACUUUUUCCAUAAAGUAAAUGAAAGACUUUCAAAACCCAAUAUUUUUAUUUUAAAUAAUCGGUGGGAUGCAUCUGCAUCAGAACCGGAGUACAUGGAAGAUGUACGGAAACAACAUACUGAGCGGUGUCAGUCUUUCCUGGUGGAUGAGCUCAAAGUUGUGGAUAAUUUAGAAGCACGGAACCGCAUAUUUUUUGUCUCUGCCAAAGAAGUUCUCAAUGCCAGAAUGCACAAGGCACAGGGAAUGCCUGAGGCUGCUUGGACCCCACAGGAGUGUAUCUCGCAGUCAGCAGUGAAAACAAAGUUUGAACACCACACUGUCAGAGCUAAACAAAUAACAGAUACUGUGAAAGCCAUUAUGGAUUCCAUAAACAUCAAGGCUGCUGAUAAGAGAGUGAAUGCAAUAGAAGACCGGGAGUAUGAAAUGGACAGGCUGGAGUUUAUCCAGUGUCAGAUGCAGAUCCUCAAUGAGGAGAUCCGGAAACAAAUAAUGCACAUCACAGAGGUGGUAAACGCACAGGUUUCCAGUGCCAUGAUGGAGGAGAUCUGCCAUCUUUCCCUCCUAGUGGAUAAGUUUGAAGGGGACUUUCACCCAUCACCACAGUUCUUGAAGCAUUAUAAAAAUGAGCUGAAUGCCCACAUAGAGAAGGGGAUGGGGAGAAAGCUGGCUGACCGCUGUUCCUCUGCAGUGACUACAUCUAUACAGGAAGCACAUGAUAACAUCAUAGAAAGCCUAAAACCAUUGCUGCCACCUGCUGUUCAAAAGGAAUAUGGCCCAUCCCUGCCAUGCAAGACGUUUGACCUCAGCUACAAUCUGAAUUGUGAGAAGCUGUGCUCCGAUUUCCAGGAAGACAUUGAGUUUCGCUUUUCAUUUGGCUGGAUGUCCCUUGUUAAUCGAUACUUGGGUGCCAAAAAUGCUCGCCUCCUAUUAGGAUUUGCAGAACCAGUUUUUCAGAUUCCCCGACCCGUGAGCACACCCACCACAACUGCUAACCUAGCACAGACUCCAGAAUCCAUGUCACAAGAUGAGAUCAUGGUCACAGCGAUGUCUGGAUUGGCGUCCUUGACCUCAAGAGGUUCUAUGGGAGUGAUUAUCAUAGGAGGAGUGAUCUGGAGAGCUGUGGGCUGGAAGCUAAUUGCAUGCUCUUUGUUGGCAUACGGUAGUCUGUAUGGGUAUGAGAGGCUAACAUGGACCACAAGAGCCAAGGAGAGGACUUUCAAGAAACAGUUUGUAAACUAUGCAGCAGACAAACUGCAGUUGAUUGUUAGCAUUACCAGUGGAAACUGCAGCCACCAAGUGCAGAAGGAGCUGGACAGCAUUUUUACCCGACUCUGUCAGCAGGUUGAUAUUACUCAAAGACAUCUAAGGGAAUCCAUCAACAAACGGUCCGAAGAAAUCAAACAGCUUGAGAAAGUACACCACCAAGCCAAAGUUUUCAGAAACAAAGCGGUCCACCUUGAAAAUGAGCUGGAUCAUUUUACAAAGAUGUUCCUUAACCAGGACAAGUGAGAACAUGAAAUGUGAAUGGGAGGAGAAUGUU